CAAUCCCAGGCAAGGCUAGCCUCACCGGUGACAUCACUCUCGAAGAUACUCCCAGCUCCUAGCUCCUGCCUUAGCUGGCGUCCGUCCGUUUGUCCGUCUCCAUCAGUCAACCACUGGAGAGUGCUCAUCGCUUUCUGGGGGACGGAGCCGGGCACUGAGGAGCGACAGGACCCGGAGGAGGCAAGGCAGCAAGGGAAGGAGGACCCCGGCAGGCGACAACAUGAAAUUCAGCCCCGCGCACUACUUGCUGCCUCUCCUGCCAGCGCUGGUACUCAGCACCAGGACUAUGAAGAGCUAGAAAAGCAGCUAAAAGAAGUAUUUAAGGAGMGGAGCACCAUCCUCCGUCAGCUGACAAAGACAUCAAGAGAGCUUGAUGGAAUUAAAGUCAACCUUCAGUCUUUAAAAAGUGAUGAGCAAUCUGCCAAAACUGAYGUUCAGAAGCUUCUGGAAUUAGGCCAGAAACAAAGAGAAGAAAUGAAGUCUCUCCAGGAGGCCCUACAAAAUCAACUUAAAGAGACAUCUGAGAAAGCAGAGAAACACCAGGCUACUAUUAACUUUUUAAAGACUGAAGUGGAAAGAAAGACCAAAAUGAUUCGAGACCUCCAGAAUGAGAAUAAAAGCUUGAAAAACAAACUUUUGUCAGGAAGCAAGCUGUGUGGGAUCCAUGCAGAAGAGUCAAAAAAGAUCCAAGCCCAACUAAAGGAACUUCGUUAUGGGAAGAAGGAUUUGUUAUUUAAGGCCCAACAGCUUACUGAUCUGGAACAAAAAUUAGCUGUAGCCAAAAAUGAACUAGAGAAAGCAGCUCUUGACAGGGAGUCACAGAUGAAAGCAAUGAAAGAGACUGUACAGCUCUGUUUGACAUCAGUUUUCCGUGAUCAACCUCCACCUUUGAGUCUAAUCACAACAAAUCCAGCUCAGAUGUUAUUUCCAACUAGGACAAUUGCUGCUAAGAUUCCAGAUGAAAAGACAAAAAGCAAGCCCCAGCAAAGUGCUACUGGAAACAAUGAAAACACUCGAGUUGAAUCAACUAAGAAAGAAAAUCCAAGUACCAUUGCCUGUGAUUCUCAAGAUGAGGGCAGGACCUGUUUAACAAAACACAAGGACAGUCCCCCGAGAAAUGCAACUGCAGAAUCACAGCCUGUCCCACAGAAAUUGCAAAUGCCUCUGUGUUCUGAAUGUGAGGUGAAAAAGGCUCCAGAGAAACAAUUAACCAGCUUUGAAGGGAUGGCGGCAAGAGAAGAGAAAAUACUGUAA